GGCCAAGUUGCAGAAGGGGUAUUCUAUGUGUAUGCCUUUGCGCUCACCAACAAGUGCAACAGCGAUGUCCCCCUUUAUCUGCUUCCAUUAAGCUGUGUAAUCUCUUACCUAGGAAUAUUGCACACAGUCUUAUAUGUGUUUGGCUUUCCCUGUGCAACUGCAUUAAUAAUAUACAAAUGGAGAAGGAGGCACUUGUCAGUGCAUCACAAUAUAGAAGACUUUUUGCAGAACAAUAAGCUCGUGCCAGUAAGGUAUUCUUACUCAAGCAUAAAAAAGAUGGCCAAAGGUUUCAAGGAAAAAUUGGGUGAAGGAGGCUAUGGCUCGGUAUACAAGGCAAAGCUUCGUAGCGGUCGCCUGGUAGCCAUCAAGAUGUUGGGUAAGUCCAAAGCUAAUGGGCAAGACUUCAUCAAUGAAGUUGCUACCAUUGGAAGGAUUCACCAUGUCAACGUGGUGCGACUCAUUGGCUUCUGUGUUGAGGGUUCAAAGCGUGCUCUCGUAUACGACUUCAUGCCUAAUGGAUCUCUUGAUAAAUACUUAUUUUCUCAACAAGGAGUUGUCUCUUUGAAUUGUGAGAAAAUGUUUGAAAUUGCGCUUGGAGUGGCUCGUGGUAUUGAAUAUCUGCACAGAGGAUGUGACAUGCAAAUUCUGCACUUUGACAUCAAACCUCAUAACAUUCUUCUUGACGAGAAUUUUCUUCCCAAGGUGUCUGAUUUUGGAUUAGCAAGGCUAUGCCCGCUCGAUAAUAGCAUUGUAUCUUUGACAGCAGCAAGAGGAACUAUCGGAUACAUAGCACCAGAGUUAUUCUAUAAAAACAUUGGAGGUAUUUCAUACAAAGCUGAUGUCUAUAGUUUUGGAAUGCUAUUGAUGGAAAUGGCUGGCAGAAGAAAGAAUUUAAAUGCAACCAUAGAGAAGUCAAGCCAAAUAUACUUUCCAACAUGGGUUUUUGACCAAUUGAGUGAUGGAAAGGACAUAAAAGUUGAAGACGCCACAGAGGAGGAAGAGAAGAUCAUAAAGAAGAUGAUCAUUGUGGCAUUGUGGUGCAUACAAAUGAAGCCUAGUGUCCGUCCUUCUAUGAAUAAAGCAGUUGAGAUGCUUGAAGGAGAAAUUGAGAGCCUUGAAAUGCCUCCAAAGCCUUUCUUGUAUCCACAACAAUUGCCAGAAGUGGUUCCUGGGGACAAUUCAAGUACCACAAGUGCAUCAACAGUAACAAAUUCUACAGAAAUCGUUUUGAUUGCUGAUGCGAAUCAAACAAUGUAAUAUAUAGCAAUCUUGAUGUGCAAGGGAGAUUACGUAAUGAAUAAGCAAAAUUAGACUUCUGUUUGCUGCCUUUGUUUACUACAUUUGGAAGGAAAUAAAUUGUAGGAUUUUCAUAAACGCUUCUUGCCCCCUUGCCGUAACACUCAAAUUGUAGGAUUUUCAGUAAUUGCAGAAUUUUAUUAGGUAA